GGACCCGGUUUCAAGUCUGACUAUGCAAAUCAAGUCUUUUUGUGGGCUUGGAUUCCUAUGGACGGUGUGGAAACUUCUAAACAAACCCAGACGACGAAUCAGUCGUUUCAAAAGUGUUGAGUAGUGCAGAUCUUAGAACGAAGAAGUUCAGAAUGUCGAACUUGAACCGUGAUUGCUUGAGUGAGCACGAUCGACAGGUGUUGGAAUCAAUUUUCAACCCUUCGCAAAUCGGUGGCGAAGAACUGAUCUACACUGGAAAGGAGGAGUUUCCUGAUGAUCUGCAAGACCUCGUCGAGCCGGACAACCCCCGCAUCCAACAGUCCAAGAAACUCGAAAUCGACGCAAUCGAACUGGCCGAGGGUGGAAAACUACACGAAGCGAUUGAACUGUUCAGCAAAAGCAUUGAAGCAGCACCGGAACGACCUGCUCCGUGGAAUAAUCGAGCCCAAGCACAUCGCUACUUGGGCGAUGAGAAAGCGGCACUGGAAGACAUCGAACAGGCGCUGAAGCUUUCGAAUCGGUCCGGCAGGACGGGCUGUCGGGCGCUUUGCCAGCGAGGAGUGCUUCGAAGGAAGAACAAGGAUACAGACGGGGCUCGGGAGGAUUUUGAAGCGGCGGCAAAGCUGGGCAGCAAAUUUGCCCGAACGCAACUGAUCGAGCUGAAUCCGUAUGCGGCGUUGUGCAACCAGAUGUUGCGUGAGGUGAUGAAGGUUACGUGAUAUUUCGUGAAUUCUCUAUAUAGUUUUAAGGUUGAUAUUGUUAUACUUUGUCGUAAAAUUAGUGGUAGAAAUCAUUCUUGAUCAUUCGGUGGUAUUCAGAGUGAACAAAUUUUAAUCAAAAUAAAUUCGAUUUCAUGAUUGAAGUUAUUCUUUACAAAUUGAUUUUGAAUUAUGAAUAAAUAAAUAGGGGGAAAAUG